UGCUGUGCUUAAACGCCUACAAAGUGAAACCACUGGACCAUACUAUAAUUCUUCAUCUUAAGUGCUCUGCUAUAUUUGACUUAUGAAGAUUAAUAUUUCAAUUCUUUAAAGAUGGGCUUUUACAAAAAAAUAACGAAGGCAGUUUGUUUUGUGAGUUUUUUAUUUGUGAUAAUAUUUGUAAUUUCGAAGGCUUUUUGCCGUGGAAAAACAAACAGUCUGUGUUUACCAGCUGAAUGAAGAUAUUGUGCGAAUGAACAGCCAAGUUGACAUUUCAAACAAAGUACAGCCUGAUAGUGAUUUAAGUAAAAUUUCAGUAUUCUUAUUUCUGGGAAUAGUAUCAGCUCCUAUCCGAAUUGAUCGGCGGAGGGCAGUUCGAGAAACUUGGUGGAAAAAAUGUCAAGAAAAUGAGGAAGUUGCUUGUUUCUUUGUCACUGAUGCACAAGAUAAUAAAGGGUUGCCGUUGCUUAACGAUGUAUUGGCUCCAUUGCAUCAAGAAAAUAGUAAACAUAACGACCUUAUAUUUGCAGAAUCGCCAUCAGGCAGAAAUCUUGGUCGACGAAUCCUUUGGCUGUUUCAAUGGGUAAAUGAACGCUAUGAUUUUAAGUACAUUUUGAAACUUGACGAUGAUUAUUUCAUAUGCUUCGACAAGUUGAUGGUGGAAUUAAAAUAUUACAGACCAAGAAAAUUUCUUGUGUGGGGAGAAUUGCAUUGCCGACGAAGAGGGCAGGCGGUGUUUGAUGAAGCAUUUCUCAUCGUUACACCAGAUGUGGUUCAAUAUAUUGUUGAUCGCAAGAAUACUAGCCUCAUGUGUCAUCCUUGGGGAGGCCAAAGUCUUGGGUAUUGGUUAAACGAUUUUAAGCAGUAAACCCAUGGUUUUGAGUUCCUUGCAUGAUGACUUGUUUGUUCUCGAGAUAAUUAUGUUUGAGCCAUGUAAUUUCGAGAAAGGUUCACCUGAACGAGGGAAUUGUUGGAAAAAUAUAGCAGAAAGUUUUUGAAUCAAAUUGCUAAUCCUUUGCUCAAAGUUAAUGACAGAUCUGUUAGAGAUAGAUUUAAACUGCUGGAGAAAAAAUAUAUAAAAGAAACAAAUGAAUUGGGUGGAGCAUCGAGGAUUGCACCAGAGGAAGAAGUUAACAUGGAAAAAGGCUUGCUUGAAAUAAUAGAAUCAUAUAAGGAUAGUGAUUUGACCAAGCUAUUGGAAAAAGAGAAACAAAAAGAGGCAACUGAUAAUGAAAUGCAACAAGCAGAUGAGCUUCGGUUGCAAUCGCUUAAAACGGUAGGGAAAACUCCAAAAGGAAAAAUAGUGAUAGAGAUGAGACAACACCAAAAAGAAUUCGGAGGUCUGAUGAUACAAUAAAUUAUCUAAGAGAAAAAAGUGAGAGAGAGAAUUGCAUAUGUGACAACAAGAGUUGGAGCUCAAAAAAGCAGAAUUGGAGGAGAAAAAGACUUUAGCAGGUGAUUAUGCAGAAAAUGGACAAAAUCGAACUUUGCUGCAGCAACAACAACAACUUAACCUUGCAUUGAUACAAUUUUUAGCAAAGCCUAAUGAACGCAAAUAAAUUUCCUAUCUUAUGACGUUUAUCUAUGUUUCUGUUGGAUAAAUUUUUAAGAAACUUUGUGAACUGUUGAUAUUAAUACAUAUUUUUUUAGAAAUAAGACUGUAAACAUUAAUAUUUCAUGAAGUACAUUUAAGGUACUUUCACCUUAAA